AUGGUGGCUGCUAGUACAGUUGAUUUCUACAGCAAGGCAAACUACGACACCUUCGCGAAAACCGCCAAACCUGUCGAGGUCGAGCAUCAGAAAUUAGGGACUAGCUACCGCUCCUGCAAACUCGGAGAUGGAACGAAGCUACUUGUGUGGAAUCACCAAGACUAUACCGAUUCGAAAGAAUUGACCAGCGACCAGUCCAACCUGCCAGAGGACAAAUCAGUGCAGUGUUAUCAAGUCCUCAAAGGCACUACUUCUGUCGUUGGCGUCCGGUUUAAAGAUGCUACCGGUGGAGAAAAGGGCCAAUAUUCCCUUCUUUUGAAACUCGCCAACAUUGGCGACGUUACAGUAUGGUCAGACAUGUCGGACAAAUACGCGAUUGCCGGUACUGUGCCCCGGGAUGGUACACUGGUGACAACCGCCUUGUAUGUUCGGGAUAAGAAGACGGGUGUAUAUGUUGUCACCGGGUCGAUCUAUUUCAAAUGGGACAAUGACAAGCAGAAAGUUGUGGUUCUGGAUCAGGAAGGCUGGCCGAAGAAGCAGCUUAAGCAUGAAGACGAUGGUAAAAACAACUUUACUAUUACCUUGAUUUCGACUGAGCAAUAA